CGCAAGACGAGAGGCUAUCCAAAGAUACCGGAAGAACCGAAGGAGAGAUGGCGGCGGUGUCGUUCCGGUGGAUACUGCAACUCCACAGGGACGUUCCGAAGGCGGCUAAGUUCUACUCGCAAGGGCUUGAUUUCACCGUCAACGUCUGCACUCUUCGUUGGGCGGAGCUUCAAUCGGGUCCUCUCAAGCUUGCUCUCAUGCAAUCCCCUAGUGAGCAUGUAAUGCAGAAUGCAAACUUUUCUGUACUAUCAUUCACAGUAAAUAAAUGACAUUAACAAUUCAGUGACGAAAUUAAUGGCGUUAGGAGCUGAACUAGAUGGCCCCAUUAAAUAUGAGAUCUAUGGAAAGGUCGCAGCCGUGCGAUGUGUUGAUGGCCAUAUCAUAGGCCUAUAUGAACCUGCGUGAGUCAGUUGUGGAGAUGAGUUCCUUAAGCAAAAUUGAGCAAGGUAUCCCACAAUCAUUGAGGAGAGACAAGAAACCUUCAAUUAUUUAGAGUCUUCUGCAUCUCCUAAAAGUGAUAGAAAAUUUGGAGCGUUGAGGUAGUGAAGCUGCUCUCUUUUGCCUGCUAUUUGCCUUCGUGAUAAAACAUGAAUUCAGUUUUCAACGUUUUUGAUUAUAUGCUUGAUUGAUUGAUUGAUUGAGAAAUAUUUGCUAGAUAAUGUAAGACAUAAAUAAUGAAUUUGCCAUUCAGUGUGGAAACUACUGCAGCACCAUUCUUUGCUAGCCAAUUGAAAUUUAACACCAAAAAGUAAAACGUGGCUCAAGCAGUCAUUUAAAUGCAGAGUUGGUGUAAGGGUCUUAUCGACUAUAUGGGUGCUGAAUAUCGUCCUUGGCUUCCGUGAAUGGUGCUUCUGUCUUGAAUCUGGAUGCCACAUCCUUAGCUUAUCUCUCCUUCAUUUACCUGCUGAACCUGAAGACGGAGAUACAUAUUUGCUAGAAAACAGGUCUUGGUUCAAUCUCCUGAACUGAAACCUGGGAUCUUGAUGCAGUCUCAACAUUAAAGAUAUUAAGUUUCUGUGCUGCAGUCCCAGAUCUUGUUUUUCCAUUUGGUUUGAGCGACCUUAUUGGUGUGGUAUAAAGAAUGACAGAAAGAAGUGCAUCGAGAAGUGCACCGAGAAGUGCGGGGGGUUGGCAUUUGAAACACUGUAAUUGUAUAAUUGAAUUGUCUGGAUUCUGGACCACUUAACCUGCUAAUACGUACCUAAUACAUGAAAUUGAAGGGU